UAAGAUUUUCUUUGUCUCUAGGGAUUUUAAAACCUCAUUAGCAGGACGGGGUCGCAGGGGCUCAGAAAGGAAACAAACGGCUGCCGAGGAAGGAAAGUGCCCUGAUGUAUAAAGAAAGUACUGUCCGAGCUCAAGGAGAGGAGGAAGAAGGCACAUCCAGUGGGGGAGAUUAGGAAAGCCAUCACGGAAGAGAUGACAUUUGAGCAGGGCCUUGAAGGAUAGCUAGGAUUUCCAUGGGAAUGGAGGGGGGCAGGGCAUGGCAGGAAGAGAGCAGAGGAUGAGUGGCUUCUCAUAAGUGGGAAAGCCUGGGAUGCCUGGAGGAGCUGGGAAGUAGUUGAGUGCGCUGGUGCAUGGGUGCAGGUUGGAGGAGAUGAAGCUAGAGAGGACCAACCUGGAGGCCUUGCAGAAGAAGCUUGAGGAGCUGGAGCUUGAUGAGCAGCAGCGGAAGCGCCUUGAGGCCUUUCUCACCCAGAAGCAGAAGGUUGGGGAAUUGAAGGAUGACGACUUUGAGAAGAUCAGUGAGCUUGGCGCAGGCAACGGUGGUGUUGUGUUCAAGGUCUCCCACAAGCCGUCAGGCCUGGUCAUGGCCAGAAAGCUCAUUCACCUGGAGAUCAAACCUGCAAUCCGGAACCAGAUCAUAAGGGAGCUUCAGGUCCUACACGAGUGCAACUCCCCCUACAUCGUGGGCUUCUAUGGUGCAUUCUACAGCGAUGGCGAGAUCAGCAUCUGCAUGGAGCACAUGGAUGGGGGUUCCUUGGAUCAAGUCUUGAAGAAAGCUGGAAGAAUCCCUGAGCAAAUUUUAGGAAAAGUUAGCAUUGCUGUAAUAAAAGGUCUGACAUACCUGAGGGAGAAGCACAAGAUUAUGCACAGAGAUGUCAAGCCUUCCAACAUCCUCGUGAACUCCCGUGGGGAGAUCAAGCUCUGUGACUUUGGGGUCAGUGGGCAACUCAUCGACUCCAUGGCCAACUCCUUUGUGGGCACAAGGUCCUACAUGUCGCCGGAAAGACUCCAGGGGACCCACUACUCAGUGCAGUCGGACAUCUGGAGCAUGGGGCUGUCUCUGGUUGAGAUGGCGGUGGGGAGGUAUCCCAUCCCUCCCCCAGACGCCAAGGAGCUGGAGCUGGUGUUUGGGUGCCCAGUGGAGGGAGAUGCGGCGGAGACACCACCCAGACCCAGGACUCCUGGAAGGCCCCUCAGCUCUUAUGGAAUGGACAGCCGACCUCCCAUGGCAAUUUUUGAGCUGCUGGAUUACAUAGUCAACGAGCCUCCUCCAAAACUGCCCAGUGGAGUGUUCAGUCUGGAAUUUCAAGAUUUUGUGAAUAAAUGCUUAAUAAAAAACCCAGCAGAGAGAGCAGAUCUGAAGCAACUCAUGGUUCAUGCCUUUAUCAAGAGAUCUGAUGGGGAGGAAGUGGAUUUUGCAGGUUGGCUCUGCUCCACCAUUGGCCUUAACCAGCCCAGCACACCGACCCACGCAGCUGGCGUCUAAGUACGUGGGAAGUGGUAGAGAGCGAGUCCCCUGCCCAGUGGUGUGCCAUGUCGCUUCCGGGCCUCUUGCCCGUGCCUGUCUCUGUUCAGACGUGCAUCUCACCUAUGACAAGGGAUGAAGAACACAGCAUGUGCCAAAAUUCUAUUUGUGUCAUUUUUAAUAUUAUUGUCUUUAUUCUUCCUGUUCCUCCCUAAGUGGAUUGGCUUUGUGCUUGGGGCUAUUUUUGUGUAUGUCGAUCAACACACGCGCAAUGUGGAAUUACAGUGAAACUUUGGUGACUGUGGGUAGUCAUUCUUACUUACUGAAAAUUGCACUGCUCUUUCCUCACCGUGACUGGCUAGCUGCCUGUAUUUUCAGGAUUCUCUGACACUUGGUGGUACUGCAUUCUUGCCAGGCAGACCUUCUAUUUGAGCAGGAAGGGGCCUUGUAAGAUCCUUCACAGGCAGUGCAUGUGAAGCAUGCUUUGCUGCUACGAAAAAGAACAUCAGAAAGUAUAUAUCAUGUUAUUUUAUUCUAUUUUUGCUUUUGGUGUAGAAUGAAGCAAUUUCUAUCAAAAUCUAGCCAGAGCCCUUCACUGCCAUGAUAGCUAGGGCUUCACCAGUCUGUCUACUGGGAUGAUCUGUAGACUUCUGGUUGUAUUUCUAUAUUUAUUUUUAAAUAUAUUAUGUGGGAUAUUUAGUGGUUUAUGUCUCUUUGAGUUUGAAUUAGUGUUUCUAAAAUGGUGGUUACUUUGAAUGUUACAAAUGGAUCAAGGCAUUAAAAUGUAUGAGAUUUCUUUCCCCAAAUCCAAGCACUGAUGCUAUUGUAAACAAGUGUGUAUAGUGCCUAAAAACUGUAUGAAAAUCCUUUUAACCAUUUCAGUCCAGAUGUUUAACAAAUCUAAUCUCUUAUUCUAAUAAAUAUACUAUCAAGUUAAAA